AACCGAGUUCUGUCCAAGCCGACUAUUAUCAGUCGACGUUACUUUCGAAGCAUUCAUCGGCCUCGAAGAGCAGCGCACUACCUGCGUUUGAGUGGCUUCGGCGCCACUAUGCGGCCGACCCAUGGCCUGAUUUUCUUCGGCAAAUGUUAUCGAAAUGGAAUGGCUUCGGCUUUAUUGUCGCGAGUGCGCGGAUUCUGAGGCAUGCCGGCUACGAGUCAGAAGCGCGCUGGAUGCUUGAUAUUGGUCGUCUGGAAAUGCCGGACUUCUUCACCAUGAAGCACCGCCGCAGCAGACCGAGCGAGCACGCAAAACUCGGCCAGUGGGCGCACAUUCAACGCCGCAGAGGCUUGUUGUACACAUAUCAUGACUGAUCACCGAUUCACCCGUGGGCUGCGCGGACUUAUUGAAGUGUGAGCAGAACGUGUUCGGCAAAGAUGUAAGCGUUCUCGACCUUUGUGAACAUCGUGUCAUAUCUCCCCACGGAGCAGUCUUGCUGAAUCGUCGCGCCUUCUUGAAAAGCCUCGGAUGACCAGCUGCUGGACCGACCCAGCAAAGAUGCUUCGUGGCCGCUCUAUAUUCGACGAGCAUGUCAAACACACAACAAAAGCUCCCUGGCUACUAUAACACAAGCCCAACCUCCGGCCAACGACUACUCCUGCGAACCAAACCAUCAAAC